GCGUCACGCCUCCGCCAUUCCAGGCUUCGUCGUCAGGUCUUCACGAAUAUUCUGGCUUUUCUACGUCUUCACCAUGAUUAUGGAUGACAGUUAAAGAUUAAUAACUUAAAGAGCCUGAAGCUUCUCUCCCCUUUCCCCACAUUUUUGGAGUCUGAAGAUCAAACUGCUCAAGAAAGCCUCUGCCUACGACUUAACACUUUUUCACCCCUUCCUUUCCCGUAAAAAGACGAAAACUACCACCGUAAUCCACCAUAGGGCGGUUUAGUCUAUAGAGUAACAGUGGUAAUAAAUGCUAGUCACCCGUCUUUCCAUGUGAAAGAUAACCCCCUCCCUCCCAUGUCCCUUAUAGCUGUUUUUUGAACGAUUUCUUUAAAUAUUGGAUAUUUUCCAGUGCCUCGACAUUGAUACGCCCUUUCUAAAAUGGCCACCGCAGCUUUUUCCAUGUGGUCAUAAACCAGAGGCACGUUGUAAGGGUACUUAACCCACUUCCCCUCCCUCCCUACCCCCCCCCCUCAUUUUUUUUUCGCCCUUCCUCUUUUUAUUUUAGCCCAAUACCUACGUACGAAGCACAGGAGGAGAGUUUUGGAUACAACUAACAAUAUGGGGUCUGGACCUAUAGACCCCCUCGAGCUCCUGAAGGGGCUAGACAGUAUCCUUGGUCAAGAAGGAGAAGCGAAAGCUGUUGAUGCAAUGGCCAAAAUUUUCAACUUAAUGAAAGAGUCUAAAAAGCUGGUGAGCCGCUGUAUCUACCUUAACAUUGUCCUCCAGACGCAAGCCCCAGAAAUUCUCUCCAAGUUUAUUCGUGUCGGUGGCUACAAGCUGCUGAAUAACUGGCUGACCUAUGCCCGCACCAAUAACAACAGCCCACUGCUCCACCAGAUUCUCCUUACACUGCAGCACUUACCUCUGACCGUGGACCACCUGAAGCUGAACAACACAGCAAAACUAGUCAAGCAGCUCAGCAAAACCAGCGAGGAUGAAGAGCUUCGGAAGUUAGCAGGGGUUUUGGUCGGUGACUGGAUGAAUGUUAUCCGAACUCAGAGCAACCUCAUACCUCCAGAAAAGGAAAAAAAGAAAAAGAAAGAAGAUACAAAAUUGCGAUCGCCCAUUGCUGAUAGGAGCGCAGAGGCUAAAACUGAAUCUAAAGUUGAGGAUCAAGGUGACAAGAAGAAAGAAAAACCAAAAACCCUACGCACUACAGCCCCAAGUCAUGCAAAAUUCCGAUCUACUGGUCUUGAACUUGAAGCCCAGUCUCCUGUCCCCAGCAAGAAACCAACAGUUGUUCCAGUUAUAUCUGAAAAAUACUUGAAACCAGUCCCAGUAAAGAGGCAGGGAUCGAUACCCUCUACUGCUGAUGCUGCUCCUGCCGAGAAAAAGUAUAAACCUCUUAAUACUACGCCAAAUGCUGCCAAAGAAAUCAAAGUCAAGAUCAUUCCUCCUCAGCCUAUGGAGAGUUUAGGUUUUCUGGAUGCACUGAAUUCUGCCCCCAUUCCUGGAAUAAAGAUCAAAAAGAAGAAAAAAGCAGUAUCUCCAACCAGUAAUAAGUCUAGUCCAUUUGACAGCAAGUGUCAAGGAGAGACAUCCAAUGUGAGCAAACCAUCUUCUCCUGAACCAGAGCCACCGGCUGAAGGGAUGGAAGUGGAGAGACCAGGAACUCCAGUUCCUGCUGUAGAACUUUUGGAGCCCAUAGGACCCUCUGCACCUGCAUUAACAGAAGUAAAGCCUACUGAACCAGAAGUCCCUCAGCUGACAAAAAAGGGAAAAAAGAGGAAAACUGUCAGCUGGCCAGAUGAGAGUCACCUCAGGGAAUAUUUCUACUUUGAGCUGGAUGAAACAGAGAGAGUCAAUGUAAAUAAGAUUAAGGACUUUGGUGAAGCUGCCAAACGGGAAAUGCUAAUGGACCGCCGUGCUUUCCAAAAUGCCCGGAGGCUUAGUCACGAUAAUAUGGAAGAAGCGACGCCUUGGAUACUGCCACGGCCACUGAUACUUUCAGGAUCCCUUGUACAAAUGGGCAGCAAUAGUACUGAGAAGCAUACCCAAGCUGAGCGAGAGAUGGGUAUUCUGCAGGAGAUCUUUCUAUCCAAAGAAAGUGUUCCUGACACACCGCAUGAGCCAGACCCAGAGCCUUAUGAACCUUCACCUCCAAAGCUCAUACCACUGGAUGAGGAUUGUUCCAUGGAUGAUGGGUCAUAUAUUGAACCGAUGGAUCAGAGCGGGGCUUCUCUAUCUCCAGACUUGUCUGGCGGUGCUAAAUUGCCUCCUGUGCUUGCUAACCUAAUGGGCAGUAUGGGUAACACCAAAGCCCAAACUAGUCCCUUGCCUGACACGAUGCAGGAGAUCUUGACUUCCAUAAUGAGUGUCCAGGGUGCUGCUAAGACAGAGGAUUUGAUGAAACAACCAGAUUUCUCUGACAAAAUAAAACUGCUGCUUGGAUCUCUACAAAGUCAGACACAGAAUCAGAACCAGGCACCACCAGGAGCAUCUGGAUCAGGAAUGGCAGGACCCAUGCUGGCAAACAAUGGCUUUCCACCAGCAGCACCAAAAAAUCUACAGCAGCCACCACCACCUCAGCACUAUCCACCCCCUGGGCCUGGUGGUCCAUACCCAGGUCCACAUGGACCCCCUGGUGGUCCACGGAUGAUGGGACCACCUCCUCCCCGUGAUGGUUACUGGGAGCCUCCACCUAAUGACAUGCGGGGCGAACAUCAUGAAAACAUGGGAGGAAGAGGUAGAAUGAGAGGAGAGAGAGGACACCCUCCUCCUCCAUUCCAUCGAAACAGAGGUGGAAGAGGAGGUGAUCCAGGAUACAGAGGGAGAGGUGGAAGAGGAGGUGAGAGGGGGCCUCCUGGUAGAGGAAGAGAUGGACCUCAUGGAAUGGAACACAGAGGUUACGGUGGAGAACACAGGGGUCAUGGCGGAGAACACCGAGGACAUGGUGGAGAUAUGUCCCUUCGCCCUGUCUGCCGUCACUUCAUGUUGAAAGGAAACUGCCGAUAUGAAAAUGGCUGUGCCUUCUACCAUCCAGGCAUCAAUGGCCCUCCCCUAUAGUGACACUUCCCCUCCCCCUCAAAGACCAUUUUUUAAUCAGUGUUUUCCUGGAAGAAAGCGAACAAGCGACUUGAGAAUUUUUUGGAUUAUUAUUAUAAUUUUUUUUAUUAUGGCUUCUGUGAGGCCCAAAUAUCUCCCCCACUAGAAAAGAGCAGAUAAUUCCACCUGCCUCACAUUACCUAAGACUCUACUUGAAUGACAUUAAAAAGCAAACUAGUACUCCCAAGUACAGGGUGAUCUUGGGGAUCCUCACCUAUUCCGUUGACUCUAGAAACGUUUGACUCUUAAGAGGAACUAUCAAUGUUGCGGUGGGGGAGAUGGCGUGGAGCCCUGGAAUGCCACUGCUAAGGAAACAAAGCGAAUGUGACUUAAGGAGAAGCGACCUCUCCAAUAUUUGUGUGUGUUUUGUUGUCCUCACCCCCCUGGUUUCCCGUUUUUCACUUGCACCUUCUAUGAGUCUCCGGUUCAUUUUUCCAUUUCCUCCAGAAAUUUUACUUCCCUGUGUUAACACUACAACAGUACUAUGUGACUCGGUGUUCCCUUCUAAGAACAAGUAUUACACUGACUAAAACCCCCUACACUAAUGCGGGAAGACUUGGAUCGAUAUGGACUCCUUUAUCGGCAUUGAAAACCACUGAUUUUUUUUGACCACUUUUUUUUUUAAAUAUGUAUAAUUGGUAAAUUUCAAUGAUGCUGAGCAUCUGUACAAUGUAUAUAGUGAACAUGCUGCUCUGUGUGAUGUACAGGGUAUCUAUAUACCGAUAAUGCUGAGUGUUUAUACUGUCGUGGCCUACACGUGAGGAGCUCAUCGCUGUCAAUCAGUAUCCAAUGAGAAUUUUCCUGUUUCGAUACCACUUCAAUGCGGUCGUUGUCAUUAACCCUUCUGAAACAUAUUUAAAUACAGUAUUAACAGGACAAGCUCUGACCUUUGUACCCAUUGACAUCACAGGAUGGGGGAAGGCUCUGAGUCCGAUCCUGUAAACUUGUUUUCUGUGAAAACUGUCUGAGGAUAUAUUGUAUUUUUUUUAAUCGUUCCUUGCUUUUUACGGGCCCCUAGAGGGAGCCCUAACUCCAUGGUUUUCAUUUUCUUUUGUAUACUUUGUAAAUAAUAAAUAAACCCAAUGCGAAGGCGGA